AUGGAUUACAUCACAAGUUUUGAUAUUAGACUGGGAAAAGAUAUCUAUUAUUGCGGAGAAAUAAUCAGUGGGAGUGUUAUCCUUGAAAAUAUCGAGAAUAUCAAAAUCAAAGGUGUUCGAGUGCUUCUCCGAGGUAAAGCACAUGCACAGCUGAAAGUCACAAAGUCAGGAGAACGCAGGACUGUUAAGGAUGACCAAUACAUUUUGGACGAAAAAUUUCUCGCGUGGGGCAAAGUCAACAAAACAAUCAUUAUUCCUCGUAAAGUCAAAGUGCUCUACGUUCAGAAGGUUAUUAUUGAUAUACCGUAUGCCAGUUCACCUCAAGGUAUCAAAUAUUUUACAAUUAUUGGACCGCAUAUCGACUGUAUGGAAGAAAAAUACUUGAGUGCUCUCGUCGGGCAAGACAGGAAAACAACAUACUGUUGGUGCUGUCAAAAGGGAGCAUUAGCUAUGAGGAUAACACUUGAUCGAACUGCUUACGUGUGUGGUGAAAAUAUUCGAAUCCGUGCACAUGUGGAGAACAGACAAGAUUAUAGUGUAUGCAUUAAUACAAGACUGACACAGCAUAUUGAAUAUUUCAUCGAGAAAGGUGUUGUCGGCGAGAGUAAAGCGUUGUCAUGUCCUGUUCUUGAACAUAAGUCACCUUCGAUUGCGCCAAAUUCACAAGGUAAAUACGAUUCAGCUCUAGAACAGCCGAUUCGCUUGCCAGUUGUACCACCGACUCUAAUUGGAGUUUGUCUUGAGGAUGAAAGAGGAAACGAUUCACUACCGAUGGAGUUUCCACUCACUGUCGCCACAUUACCGUAUCGAGUACCAAAUGCAGCACCGUCGUUUGUCGACUACGAUUUCUGCAGUGAGCACGUAGAAGGUGGACGAUAUAUAUCGCCAGAAUUUCGACUGGGUCAAGUUUACGACGGCCAAGUCAAUGGCGAAGAUGAAGAGUUUCCAAUCGAAGAAGACGUAAUUCUUUAUCGUCCGGUCUAUGUGCGGAUUGCAGAUCGUGAUCGAGUCUCACGUCGCUAUAGCAAGGAUCUUAUUUCGCUUACAAGACGAAGCAUAAUUGGAAGCGGAACGAAAAGCGGAUCAGAUCUAAUGUUACCGACCACACAUGAGUCAAAUGGUAAAACUAUUGCACAAUCAAUGAAGAAUUCUUCAAUUGAAGCGGUUCAUGAAGUUAAUUUACGAACACCACAAAACGAGGUCGAAGAACCCUUGCUGGACGUAAGAGCAUGA